AUGCCCUCCAUGUUUGAGAAAAUUACCAAGAAAUUGGUCAAAGAGCUCAGAGACCGACAGCUCAGACCUGUCAGAUGCUUGGUGAGUGCCACCAAGAUACACCGGUUUUCUCUCAUACAGAGGAAGAAGGCUCGCUCUCGGUUUUGGCAACUACCUGAGGAGCCACUUGAUGUCUCCCUCAUGCACAUCCUGGAACCAGGUUCUUCGGUCCCAGACGUGGCUGGGGAAGAGUCUCCCGUCUUCACUUACACUGUGGUCAGGAAGCAGCAGGCGGCUGGGAGCGUGAAUGCUGGGGCAGAAGUGGGCAUCUCAGGGGGGAUGGCUGUGUGCCAAGAGUCCUCCCUCCAGUACCGGAUUGUCAGCACCCCACAUGAAACCUGGACAGAGCUUCAGAAGAGGAAACUGCCGGACUCAGAGCCGGCCUUCCUGAAGCAGUGCCGGGAAGCAGGGGUGAAUCUGUAUGUUGUGACCGACACCGUGGAGCUGCUCAACAGCCCUGUGCUGCAGGAUUUAAGCAGCAAGAAGAUCUCAGGGAAACUCUCCAACCCUCUGGAUAUUUGGGUCAAGGGUAAAGCAGAGGCAGAGGCUACCGAAAAGAGAGAGAAGCAGCUGACAGUGCCGAAGGGCUCGGUGCUGGCCUAUAGGAGGAAGCAGCUGGUUUUCCGCAGCAGAGGCUGGGACAUUCUUUACACCGCAGACGAUGGUGAUCGGAAAACCUUUCCAGCAGGCUUCAGGUACAUGGCAGAUGAUGAAGAGCAAGGCGUUCCAGUAUGCCACAUGAUGCCUGAAAUGAAUUUCUGGAUUCUACAAGAGGAGGUUUCCCAGGAGGUAGAAGCGGCCAAGCUCUCGAAGGACAUGCAGAACGUUGUGUUCUCCAACCUCCUGGCCAUGCUUAGGGACCGUGAGGCUCUUCAGGACCUCACGGACGAGCUUGAACAGGAACCCUGCGGUCAUUUGGACGGCCCUGGUGGCACCAUCCUGACUGAACUGCGAAAGGACUCCUGCUAUCCAGAGGUUGGCUCAAAGUGCCUCCUCCUUUACCUGCUUGAAGCCUUAAUGGUGCUGAGUGACAUCCAACAUGAUCUGCUGGCUCAGUCCAUGGAGAGGAGGAUCCUCCUUCCGCAGAGGGACCUGGUGAGGAGCAUCCUGGAGCCCAACUUCAACUGCUUCCAGAACAUUCCCUUUACCCUCCAGCCUGAGCUCCUCGCCCAACUCCAGGAGGAGGGCUUGGCCAUUACCUAUGAGCUGCUGGAUGAGUGUGGCCUGGAGAUGGAGCCGAACAGCCCCAGGUCAACCUGGGACCCGAAAGCCAAGGAGCCCCUGUCUGCCCUCUAUGGGGCCCUCUUCCUGCUGAACCAGCUGGCUGAGGCCUGA